UCCUGUUAUUCCAAAAUAUUAAACAUAAUCUAAAUGGUGGCCAUGUCCCAGAAUGUAUGUUUAGUUCAACAACCGACGAUAGCCGUCACAACUACCAAUACCGUAUCAUCAUCGAAAUCACCAACACAAUCUUUAACCACACCUUUAUCAUCAUCAUCAUCACCAAUCAAUUUAGAAUUUUCAUUAUCAAACAAUCCAAUAUCAACGACAACAACAAUCAUUGAUUAUUAUACAAAAGAACAAUGGUCAAAAUUUUUAUCAUCACGGAUAAUCCUACGUAAACAACUUCAAAUUUAUACAGAUUGGGCUAAUCAUUAUCUUAAAAAACGUUACUAUGAAUUGGAUCAUCAUCAACAACAAAACCAAUUAUUAUCUACCGAACAAUCAUCAAAAAUUCCGGCAGCUGCAUCAUCAUCAUCAAAAUUAUGUAAUAAUUGGAAUAAUCGUCCAUUGAUCACAUCAUUAAUCAAUGAUUUACAUGAUGGUGUUUUACUUAUACAUCUAGUCGAAUCAGUUACUGAUUCAACAUUAUUAACAAAAAAUGUUCAUCAUACAUCUGGAGAAGCUUAUAACAAUCAUCAAACAUCAACAUCGUCAAUUACGUUGAUGCCAAAAAAUGUGAAUCAAAUGAUUGCCAACAUUGACAGCUGCAUCCGAUUUCUGGAACGUUUAGGCGUCAACACUAAAGGAAUCUAUGCAAAAGAUAUUCACGAAGGAAAUCUCAAAUCAAUAUUGACCCUAUUUUUCAACAUUUCAAGAUAUAAACAAAGUUUGAAAAAACAUCAACAACAACAAUAUUCAUCAGGAACUGGAACAUCACCUGGAAUAAAAAGCCCAAAUCAAAGUUUAUAUCAAAAUGGUGAUCCAAUGACAUUAUCAUCAUGUACAAGUGGUGAAGAAGAUGAUAAUACGGGCGGAUUUAUGACAGAUUUUUCCAUUUCAUCAUCAACACAAUCUUUAAUUCUAUCAUCGAAUGGUAAAAAUUUUGGAACAUCUACAUCCAACAUGGUACCACCACCGACAUCUGGCGUCAUGAUUUCGAGAUUGCCUAACCAGAAUCAUAUCAACAAUAAUUUCUCUGGUUCAGGAAAUCAUAAUAACAACAACAAGAUCAAUAAUAAUACAACCACAAGUAAACUUAUUCAACCAACAAUCAACAAUAAUCAUAAUCAUUCGAACAAUAAUGGAACAAACAACAAUAACAGUAAUCGCAGUAUACCAACAACCAUACCCGGUAUCCAGCAACAACAAAAUUUUCUAAAUAAUAAUAAUAAUCGAAAAUCAUCAUCAUCAAAUGCCAAAGUAACAAGUUCCUCAAAUCUUCAACAACAAUCUAUUACAAAUAAUAAUAAUUCAACAUCGAAUAUUACAACAAUAUCGACUGCUUUGCCACAAAUCAAUCGAAUACAACAACAGCAUCAACAAAAUCGUACGACAACACCACCAUCCGAUCGAUUUGUUUCAUCAUCUAACACCGGUAAUGUUCAUUCUCGUCCAUCACGUCCGCAAUCAACUUCAUCUAUACCACAGAUUGGUAAUCUAUCAUCAGUAAUUAAACCAGCUAUUGCACCGACAAAAAAAUCUACUUCGGUAACAAAUUCAAAGAUCACAACAAAAACAAAUGCAAAAUCGUCAAGUGAUAAUGAAACUGUAAAAAAUAUCAAAAUAAAAUCUUCAAAUGGUCUUAAUAAUUCGGUAUCACGUUUGAAUCCAUCACAAAGUGAACUCAAUCUACGAAAAUCUACAACAGCUACAACUGUCCCUGGAAAAGGUAGCCGACAGCCUCAAUUGCGUCGACUACCAACACCAUCAAACACAAGUGGAAAUACAAAUCAACAAAGACGACCAAUUUCGACCAUAAUUGAAUCAUCGAUACCUUCAAUGAUAUCUAUGAUGACAACAAGUUGUCCAAAUAGUAUAACAACACUUACCAACGGUAUCACUACAACAAUGAUGAAUCCACAGCAACAACAAUCAACAACAAAACCUACGGCUACUGUCAAAGCCAUGGUAACGCCAAUCAUGUCGACAAUCGAUUCACAAAAUCCUAAAAAUGAAAAACAAACAAAAUGUUCACAAAAAAGAAUAAUAGAGUCUCGAUCGAAUAAUUCAUCUCAAUCGAUAGAUCAUAAGAAUGAUGUCAAUGGAUCAUCGUUGUCGUUGAAAAAAGUUUCUGAUGAACUUGAUCUGCAUUCAUCAUUAAAAAAGAAAUCCAAUAUCGCCAAACGUCAAAAUUCAUUAGGAUCAACAAACAGUGUUGGCGGUAGUGGUAGCGCAAGUGAUGGAGAUGGAAAUAUUAGUGAAGAUCUGGAAACUCCACCUAUUAUUCCACCAGUAAUGGAACGGCCAUUACAAACAAUUUCCUAUCUGAAAUCUAAUUCAAAUGUUUCAACUUCAAAUUCAACUACAAAUAUUCAAAAUGUUGCUGUACAACCACAUGUUAAUUCGAGAACGACCACCCCGACGAUUAUGUAUCGUAAACCGGAAAAUCAACAAACUCAUUAUCAACGUACAGGACGAUCACAUUAUGAACCUUUAUAUUCAAAUGGUACGAUGAAUGUACCAUCAAAUAUACAUCGAUUAAGUCAAGGUGCCGAUUACUAUGGUUCGGAUAAUGAUGAUAGUAAUGAUACGGUUGAUUUUCAUAGCGAACCAGAAUCACCAAUGAAAAAUCAUCUCAGUGAUUCAACAACAUUGUUAAAUUUGCACGUUAUUCGCCAUCCAUCAGCAUCAUCAUCCACGAUAAAAUCAUCGAAAAAUCAACAAUCAAAUUCUCUUACGGACAAUACUAAUGAUGGAUCACGAAACAUAAUCCGUUUGAAACACUCAUUUUCAAAUCCUAAUCAUUCUAAGAACAACAAUAACAUUAUGAAUAGUACCACAAACAAUCGAGGUUUUGAGGAGACCAGCUCGUUAAGUUCGGAUACCGGUGGUGGGAUUUGUGGUGCCGGCAGUUGCAACGGCAGUAAUGGCAGUCGUUGUUCAGAUGUUAGUACAACAACAACGACAACAUCCUCUUGUUCAUCAUCAUCAUUAGAUCCUCGUGUCAAUCAUCUACCAAGAUCAUCUAUAAAAAUUAAUCAAAAUCAACAAAAACAAUCUAAUUCUAGUUUAAACAAAUCAUUAUCAAAUUCAACUACCGAGCUUUACAAAACAAUUUCUCCACAACAACCAAUAGCAAUGACUAAUAACAGAUUGAUGGGUAAUUCCGGAACAUUACCAUUGAAUAGUAAUGAUAGUUCCAUGAAUGGUGGUCAUUAUGCGAAGAAUAAUAAUAGCCAAAAUAAUCGCUCAAAUAUCGCCAAUCAAAAUCAACGAUUUUUGAAAAAUACUAAAUUACGUUCACAAACAUUGGCUAAUGAUGGAUCAUCUGUGAUUUAUUCGGAUUCUGAAUGUCAACAACCUCAUAAUAAUCAAUCACAGUCGCGUUCGACAUUUUCUUUAUAUAAACUUAUCGGUACACAAUCAUCUGCCGUCAAUGGUAAUAAAUCGCAACAAGUAGGCAAUCAAUCGAUAAAUAUGGCCGCAAGCACUACCAAUAACUUUUGUUCAUCAUCAAAAGAUGGCAGCAAUUAUAGUGAAUUAAUUUAUUCAAAUAUUCAUAGCGGGAAUAAUUGUAGCCGUCCAACAACAGAUACUGAUUCGAUUGAUUCCUUAAAUACGAUCGGUUCGACAUCAUCACAUGCAUCACAAUCAAUUUACGGUGUACACCCAUCAUUAGGACUUUCUUCACAUCAUACACAAAAUCAUAAUAAUCAUCACCAUCAUCAUUCAUUAUCUAAGCCAGGUGAUCUAAUUUGUGAAUAUGAAUCGGUGAAUCGAUUACGUGAAACAAUGUCAGCGUCGCCAACAUCUAGCAAAUUGUUAACAAAUUCAAACAUUGUUUAUUCAGAUACGAAUUCUAACGGUACUAAUAGCACAGCUCAUAUUGGCCGUAGUGGAUCAUUUCGUCUUACAGGAACAUCUAACCAUCAUUUGCCACCGAUACCUGCUCAUUUAAAUAAAAUUAAACCACAACAACAUCUACAACACGAUCAAAAACAUGCACCACCAACGUCGGAACAUUCAGCAUCAUCGUUAUCAUUAUUAUCAUCAAAUUCAUCAACAAUUUUUACAACGCCCGAAGAGAAAUACAUACACGAAAUACGACGUUUACGGCGAGAAUUGGAUCAGGCUAAUGAAAAAAUCUACACACUAACAUCACAAUUGACAGCGAACGCACAUAUGGUAGCUGCAUUCGAACAAUCAUUAUCAUCGAUGACCACACGUUUACAGCAAUUAUCAUCAACAAGUGAACUUAAAGAUUGUGAAUUGGAACGUUUACGUAAAACGAUCGAUGUGCUUAAAAAACAAGGUGGAUCAUUGGUCGGACAUGCAAAAUCGGCAACAAUCAUGAAUCCACUUGGUAUCAAUGGUGAUAAAUUUCAACGAUACCUGUCAAGUGAAUCGGUUAAUAGUAUUUCCAGUUGUGGUGCAGCCACCGAUAGUAGUGUAGCUAAUGAUAAAACGAAAAAGAAAUCCAAACUCAAAUUAGCCGGUUCGAAUACCAGUUGGAUACGUAGUUCAUUUAGUCGAGCUUUUAAGAAGAAAUCAUCAUCUAAAACGCGAAAUUCUUCACAACACGGAAGAGAUGUAGCAUCGGAUGUUGAAAUGACUAGCGGUACUGGUCAAUCCGAACCUGAAGGUGAUACUUAUUCAGUACCAAGUUCUCCAUUGAUGUCGAUACGAAGUCGUGCAAAAUCUGCUGGCAUUAAUAUUUGUAAUGAGCGAAAUGUUUCAGAAAGAAUCAUUCAUCCGCGAUCUUUAUCCGAAUCGAAAGCUUCCGGAUCAGAUACGUUAGUUGAAACCUCAACACCUGAAGAGAUGAACGAUUUACGUAAGCAAUUACGUGAAAAAGAAAUGCAAUUGACUGAUAUGCGCUUGGAAUCUCUUACAUCCGCACAUCAACUUGAAAAUCUCAAAGAAAUAGUCAAUCAGAUGCGAGUUGAAAUGAUGAAUCUAAAACAAGAUAAUGAUCGCCUUCAACGUCUUGUCCAUCAUAAAUCGUUGGCAUCUUCACAAAGUUCGAUGACUUCAGCAUUAGGUUCACAUGGUUCUAGUACAUUACCAUCAGGCAACGGUGGUCCAGUUGCAACGAUGGAUGAUUCCAAUAGUUUCAAAAGUGUCGAUAUGGAUUUGAGUCCAUUACAUUCAUCAAACACUACCUAUUCUAAUGAUGGCAGUCCUAAAUUAGUUACAUUAGGAUCUGGAUCACAUAUAUUGGCUACGUUGACUAUUACAACCAAAACAAAUUGGGAUCAACUUGACACAUUGAUCAAAAAGUGUUUUAAAGAUCACUUAAUUCGUGUGGAUAGUUCAUUGGCUUUAGGUAUCACUGUUGAUUCGUUGGCUUGUUAUCGUGUUGGUACAGAGAAAAUUCUCAGGAAUUUCUAUCCAAUUAAUCAACAUAACAAAUCUAAUGCUCCAGAAUUGCUUCCUUUCGGAUAUUUGGUAAAUGAAAAUCAUAUAAAUCUUCAAUUCAAAACAACUAUUGAUUCAUUGGCUUUCGAUACUUUGACACCAAAAUCCGUACUUAAUGAAUUUAUUUCAAUGCUCAUUGAAAAUCGUCGUUUAAUAUUUUCUGGUCCUAGUGGAACAGGCAAAACUUAUUUGGCACAUAAAUUGGCCGAAUAUAUGGCUAUCAAACAGAUGGAUUCUUCUUCGACGGCCAUAUAUUCACGCAACAUUAAUGGAGCUAGUUCCGCUCCACCAACUGGUGCUAUUACCACUUUCAAUGUCGAUCAUAAAAAUGCUAAAGAACUUCGUACCUAUUUGGCUAAUAUUGCUGAACAAUGUCAAUUGGAAGUGGCUCUAACACCUUUGCCCACUGUGAUCAUUCUGGAUAACCUUCAUCAUUCGAUCGAUUCAUUGGAAGAUAUAUUCAAUGAUCUGGAUAAGAUUUCAAUCAUGAAAAGCCCUUAUAUAAUUGGUACCAUAAAUCAAAGUUUUCAUCACCAUCAAACAAUGCCCAUGUUUCAACGACACAAUUUUUAUUGGAUAAUGCUAUCUGUUAAUUCGGAAGCUGUUCGAGGCUAUCUGAAUCGUUUUUUGCGUCGUAAACUUUUGGAAACUGAAUCACGGCUAGCAUUGAACCAGCAAAAAAUUCAGCCCGAAGUUAUUAAAAUCAUCGAAUGGAUUCCCAAAGUUUAUUCGCAUUUGAAUAAAUUUUUGGAGAAUUAUUUCGGUGAAAAUAUUUCUAUUGGUGCACGUCUAUUCACCUCUUGUCCGAUCGACUUGAAUGGAUCUCAAGCUUGGUUCACUGAUCUAUGGAAUUAUUCUAUUCUUCCUUUCAUCAUUGAAAAUCUUCGAGAACAUGUCCGUCAAAAUGGCGGAAAAUUAAAAGGGAAAUUAUCGACUGCCAUCCAUAGUUUCAUCGAUCCUACCGAUUGGAUCGUUGCCAACUAUCCAUGGAGUUCUAAUUCAGAAUGGUCAGAUCAUUUGAAUAGACUACGGCCAGAAGAUGUUGAAGACGAUAAACAACAACAUCAGCCUCAAUCAAAUUCAAUAAAUCAGGCGUCAAUUAUUUCAAAUAGUCGGCCACAUUCAUCAAACAACAAUCUUAAUGUAACAGAUAAUCAAUCGUCAUCGGAUCAAUUCAAUGAAUCAGUCAAAGAUAUAAAAGAUCCAUUCUUACAAAUGUUAUUAAAAUUAAAAGAGGCAUCAGAAUAUUCUAGUCAAGAUGUUGGAACAAAUAAUCAGAAUUUGGCUGAACAAACCUGAAAUUGAAACGAUUAUCACUUUUUAUAUCCUGUAUUCAUUUAUUACGAUUCUUUAAAUAAAUUGUUUUUA